CUGAAAUUCGCUCUGCAUUUAGGUUAAAGCAAUGCUUCUUACAUCAUAUAAUUUUCGAACAUUUCUUAUUUGAUUUUGACUGCACCUAAAUAUGAUGAAAGAAAUCACUUUUAUAAUAGUGACAUGUCUAUACGUUCUAUCAGACACUGAAGUUUCCAAAAGUUGUAGUAACUGUUUACCACACCCAGAUGAAAACACAGACAAGUGUGACGCUAGUUCAGGUCAUUGCUUGUAUGGAUGCAUCCAAGGUUUCUAUGGAUCAAAUUGCUCUACAGUUUGUCCAGAUAAUUGUAGACAAGCAGUGGACGUCAGUAACGACACAUGUGAUGCUACUAAUGGAGAAUGUUUGCAUGGCUGUAUGCAUGGAUAUGCUGGGCUCAACUGUUCAGUUAAAUGCCAUAAUAACUGUGCUAUAUCCGGAAAUACUGAAACUGAUACCUGUGACGCAACGUCACAGAAAUGCUUGAACGGUUGUAAGGAUGGUUUCUAUGGUUCCCACUGCGAACAUUUGUGUUCUUCCGCUGACGAAAACUGCGAAAAAUGUUAUGCAGAAGGUGAUAAAAGCACCAUAGUUUGUACCAGGUGCUUUCAAAACUUCUACAGAGAUAACGGAAAGUGUACUCCCUGUAACUACUGGUGUAUGCCAAAUAAUGCCGACUCCUUACCGGUAUGUAACGAACAAGACGGGUAUUGUCAGUUUGGUUGUCGCCCGGGUCGGUAUGGGUUCCAUUGUGGUGAACGCUGCAGUAACACAUGUAAAGAUAUUUGUGACAGAGAAAGUGGAGUCUGUUUGACGGGCUGUAAAUACCAUGGUUACUGUGGACCAACAUGUGAGCUUAUGUGCAGUGGCGGCUGCAUGUUGAAGGAAUGUAAUCAAUCCUGCACGUGCUUACGUGGAUGCAGUCAUAAAUACUGGGGAGAGCAAUGCCAACAGCUUUGUAAUUCGAAUUGUAAGAUUCCAUCGGACUCUAGCAUUAACAUAUGUGAUAGCGUUAAUGGUGCCUGUUUACAGGGUUGUUCAAACAGUAAAUUCUGGGGAGAUAAAUGUCAGAAAACAUGUCCACCCGGAUGUGUACAUGGAAAAUGCGCACAAAUAUCUGGAAACUGUACUGAAGGUUGCACAGGCCAAGAGUCGUACGGUAUACACUGUGGUGUGAACUGUAACACUAAUUGUAUGAACGGAACGUGUCUGAGAGAUGGAUAUUGUAAUAAAGGAUGUGUUGUUGGUAGUCAUGGUGAUAAAUGUAAUCUUGCAUGCAGCACGAACUGUUUUGAUAACGAAUGCGGCAGAGCUAACGGACAUUGUAGCAGAGGCUGUGGUGCAGGAUGGCAUGGAGAAACAUGCAAUCUACAGUGCAACAGAACGUGUUUGAAUCACACUUGUUCUCAGAGAGAAGCUGUUUGUAUAUACGGCUGUAUCGAAGGAUACAAAGGACCUCACUGUGGGAAUGAAGAAAUGCCUUUUCAAGUCGACUACUACAAGGUGAUUGGUAUAUUAGGAAGUGGUUGGCUAGCUUUCCUUGUUGUACUUAUUGUUUUGAUCGUCGUUCUAUUCAAAAGACAUCGGGCAUCUACAAAUGGUAAACAUAAAGACUAUUGUUUUGAGUAUACUUUCUGA